UUUUCUCCAUCAAAUUAAAUAAAUUUAACUUGUUAUUUUGAAACAAGAAUAACAUAUAAAUUUCAAUUUAUAUAUUGUUACAUUUAUAGAGUAAAAAUUCGCUCGAUGUUAUAACGCAUAUUGUUUAAUCACUACGCAGUUCAGGAUGUCAUCGCUCGAUAGGAGAGAGACCGAGUGAUCAAGCGCUCUCUCGAAAGAAAAAAUUCGCAUAUGAUGUAUUAAUAAUUAACGCAUCCACGUUGAGAUUUAAAAGACUCACAAUCGUAUUGUACAAUUAAAAUUAUGUUAAGACAUAAUAGAAAUUCAGAAUACGAAACCUGGUCAGCCUGACAAGUCUAAUUCCGGAGCGACGAAUUGUUAUCAAACUUUUCCGAAAGGAUUUCCAGAGAGUCGCCAAUUGAUUGGUAGAGCCGAUAGACAAACAGAUCGGUGCCGCAAAUAAUCGACGAUUUUGCCGCAUUCUUCCCUUUCCGACAUACAAAAAAUUGGAACAGGUUUCAACCUAGAUGUUUUUAAACAGGUUUUUUGCACAUGUGCAACUGCAGUCAGCGCUGUAACCAGAGUACCGAGAAAUGGGCGCGUUAGUCCCCCUUGGUGGGCUUGUCCAGGCUUGUCAUUAGAUUAGGAUAGUUAUUCUUUGUUAUUAAAUAGAGAUUAUUUCAUUUUUUAUUUGUAUUUUAUAUGUAUAUAUUUGUAUAUGUAAAAUGUAUAAAAUAUAUUAAUAUUUCUCUAAAUUUAUAAAUUUGUAUAGGCUAUCAAAGAUCUCCUUUCUGUUAUUAAUAAAUACUUUACUGAAGCUUCAUCUGACGCGCAUGUGCGAAAAACUGGACCCGUCUAAGAACGGGUUUAUCCCACUCAACAGGUAGAAAAAAAAAUCAGCGUCUUCUUAGUCUUAAAAUUUAAGGGUUUAAAUAAGAAGAAGAAAUCUCCUUAAUGGUUCACUGUCGUGCGAACGGACUUAGUGAAAGGACGUAAUUUGGAAAGGACGGGAUUUGUCUAGAAAGGAAUCAGACGACGCCAGCGAACUUCUACAAUAUUGUAAGUCGUUCAUCGGACAAUAUCAUUAGGUUUAGUCGCUGAUCGAAUACUCAUCACCAUUUCGCAAGAUGAUGCAGGAAGAAACGGUGGUCGUAAGAAAUGCCAUAAAGCGUUAUGGGAAAGAGCAAUUGGUACUCAACGGUCUGAAUAUGACCGUUUUCAAAGGUUCCAUAUACGGACUAUUGGGAGCCAGCGGAUGCGGCAAAACAACGCUGUUGUCCUGCAUCGUCGGGGUUCGAAAUUUUAAUAGCGGAGAGAUAUGGGUCUUGGGGGGAACUCCGGGCAGCAAAGAUUCCGGCAUCCCCGGGCCUCGAGUGGGUUACAUGCCGCAAAAUAUCUCCUUGGUAGGAGAGUUCUCUGUGAGAGAUGCCUUCUAUUACUUUGGCAGGAUCAACGGGCUCGAUGAUAAGAAGAUCGAUGAAAAACAGACUUUUUUCUCGGAGUUUCUCCAAUUACCUCCAUUGGAUUGCCUGGUGAAGAACAUGAGUGGAGGUCAACAAAGAAGAGUUUCCUUUGCUAGUGCAUUGAUUCACAGUCCUGAGCUUUUAAUUCUAGAUGAACCCACUGUGGGUUUAGAUCCAAUUUUAAGGGAAAAUAUUUGGGCUUACCUGACAAAGCUCACGCAGGAAGAUGAUGUCACUGUGAUAAUCACAACGCACUACAUUGAAGAGAUUAAAAAAGCUAAUAAAAUCGGUUUGAUGAGACGUGGCAAAUUGCUGGCAGAAUCAACACCGCAUGAAUUGAUGGAGCAAUUUGAAUGCUCGUUCUUAGAAGAGGCUUUUCUAAAACUGUGUGAUGCACAGAAUAAAGCGACUACUUUGAAUGAAAGAUCUGGGAGAUCAACUUCCCAAGAAGUUACCCGUAGCAACGUGUUGUAUCAAGAUAGAUGUAAACCAACAAAAGGAGUCUCGGAGUGUAAAGCGAUUUCGGGACGUCAAGUUUCGCAAGUGAAAAGGUUUAAAGCUGUACUAAAAAAGAAUGGAGUCCAAUUUUUGCGUCAUUACAUAGGCUUAAUUUUCGCAGUUUUUUUUCCGAUAAUUCAAUCCAACUUAUUGCUUGUGUCAAUUGGUCAUGAUCCGAAAGACAUUAAAAUUGGAAUUAUCAACGAAGAAGCUGGGAAUUGCGAUUUCGGCAGCAAUUUUAGCAGUGUUUGGAAUGACGAAAGCACCUGCCACUUUGACAAUCUCAGCUGCAGAUUUUUGAACAAUUUUGACGAUUCCAUUGCGAUAAAGGAAUACUAUGAUGACUUUUCUGAAGCAAAACGUAAUGUACAGAAUGGAAAACUUUGUGGUAUAAUGUAUUUUAAUCAAAACUUUUCCGAAGGUCUGCAAAAGCGAUUAGAAGAAGGUGUUUUCGUGGAGGACUCCGAUCUUAACGCUAGUCAAAUUCAAGUUUUUCUCGAUAUGGGUGAUAGGCAAAUUGGGCUUUUUAUACAGAAAAAGCUAUUUGAGCGUUUUAUAGAGAUUUCUGAGAAUAUAAUGAAAGAUUGCAAAUAUUCAACAAAAUUAGCUAAUCUACCUAUUAAUUUUAAAGAUCCCAUUUAUGGUAGCCAUGAUUCCAGUUAUACAGAUUUCGCGAUACCAUCAUUUAUUUUAACACUUGUCUUCUUCUUGGCCCUCACACUCUCUACGACCUUAAUAAUUACAGAUCGGUUGGAAGGUAUCUGGGAUCGAAGCGUGGUCCAAGGGGUCAGGACAGAAGAAAUCAUUCUAUCUCACAUUCUUAUCCAAAGUUUUAUCAUAGUUAUUCAGACUAUCGUGAUAUUGCUCAUGUGCUUUGUUGUAUGGGGUAUAAAUUGUAAAGGAUCGAUAUUCGUCGUAUCUUUCCUCCUAUUUCUCAACGGCUUUUGCGGAUUGAUGUUCGGUUUUGUUAUCUCUGUUUUGUGCAAAAAUCACACCAUGGCGUCUUUCUGUUCGGCCGGAAGCCUUCUCCCGCUAAUGGUAAUUAACGGAACCAUAUGGCCGUUGGAGGGAAUGCCAAAAUUUCUUCGCUGGUUUAGCUACACUAUGCCAAUUACCUUGCCCUCCAUAUCCAUGAGAAGCAUCAUGUACAAAGGUUCUUCUAUAUUUGAGUGGCAAGUUUUUAUUGGCUUUAUUAUAAGUUUAGUAUGGAUAUCAGUUUACUUUCUUGUGAUUGUAUUAUGUUUAAGACGGAAAAGCUCGUAAUAUUUAGAAAAAAAAAUUUUCUUAAAAAAAAAAAUUUUUUUUGAAAAAGUUUAUUUAAACUCAAAAAUUAAUUUGUAUUUUGAUGUAUAUCAAGGUUCCGCUAUUUGAUUGUAUUCUAUUAGUAUACACGAUGUCUUGACACUUUAAUUAAAAAAAAACGAAUGCUAAUUUAAUUAAGAGCACAUACAUUUGGAUAAAAAAAAACGAAACAUUUCGUGAAUUUUUUGUGAAAAAAUAGAAAGAAUUAGAGGGUUACAGAAUAUUUAUUUUAUUGUAAAGAGCAUAUUUUUCUGAAUUUGACAUUUUAAUUUUGUUGAAAAAUGAUAUAAAAUGGAGUCAUUAUUCUGAUUGUAUGUUUUAAAAAAUGCAUGACUACAUUUUGAAGAUAGUUCAAUCUACCGAUUUGCAAUUUUACACGCUUUUCUAGUAUUUGACGAAGAAUUUUUCACGCUUAAUUGUUUAUCGUAGCUAAAGAAGCACAAAAUUUUUACUAAAAAGCCGCUAUAUUGAUUAGCUACCAUUUCGUUCAAAUGCAACAUUUCGAAAAACGACUACAUCAAGCAUUAGGUCUAUAUCUUAGCUUUAUAAAGCUCGUGUCAUUUUGCUUUCUGAUGAAUUCUGUGUAAGUAACAGUGAUCGUGAGUGCCGUUUUUUCAAAACGUAAUUUAAGAAAACUUGAAGAGCAAUGUCAUUUUAUUUAUUUUUUAAUAAAAUUUAAAUGGUAAAUAGAAAAUGUAUAAUCUUUUCCGUAGAAUUAACACGACUUUUCUAUCAUUUUUCAUUUUUUUCACAAAAAUUUGCGAAGUUAGGUUUUGAUUUGAAAGUUAAUAUAUUUAUAGUCCGUUCUUAUAUUUGUAUUUAUUAUAAGAUCGUACGUAUUAAGUAUCAUUUUAAGAUGCCAUUAACCAAUCAGAAAAUCGUAUCAGUAUCUUAAAACAUUAUUUAAGUUGUUCAUAAAAUAAGAAUCAACUAUGAAUUUUAGUUGUCCAUCUACCUCCUUCUUUUAAGAUCUCCCCCGGUUAAGACUGUCUGCGCGGUCUUUGAUAAAUCAAAAUGUCGUCUUUUAAAAUCAGGGUUACUUCAACACCAAUUUCUCGCGUCUUUCUAGAUUCAGGAUCUCGAGCAAUUGUCUCUAUUUUGCCAGACAUCUUUUGCAUCAAUAUAUGAAAAGUCAUACAAAUCGUUAACUUCUGCCGCAUCUAUCUUUAGUACCUUUGGAAAAUUCGAAGCAAUCUUAUGAAUUGUGACAUAUCCUCCUACGGAAUGCAAUUUAACCUGAUUUAAAAAGUCGGCUCCAAUCAAAAGCGCGCUGUUUAUUAUUUGAUUAUUUAUUAUGUAAUGUAUGAUCUCAUAUGUUUUGCCGUCAAUAAUAACAUUUGUUAUAAACGUUAA